CUCAUUUCCUCUUCCUUCCCAGCACCAACACGCACUAAACAGUACAGGCCCAGCAUCUAGAACCAGACUAACUGACCGGAGGCCUAGCUUGUCCUGGCUGACCUGGUCAGCCUCCAGAGUAUGGUCUGGCUGGGGCCUCCUUUGCUGCUCCCCGUCAUCUUUCUGGCUUCUCAUGUCGGCGCCGCGGUGGACCUGACGCUGCUGGCCGACCUGCGGCUCACCGAGCCCCAGCGCUUCUUCCUGACCUGCGUGUCCGGGGAGGCCGGGCCCGGCGCGGGCGCCGACGCCUGGGGACCUCCGCUGCUGCUGGAGAAGGACGACCGCAUCGUGCGCACGCCACGGCCCGGGCAGCCUCCGCAUCUGCUGCGCAACGGCUCGCACAGCGUCACGCUGCGCGGCUUCUCGCAGCCCUCCGACCUCGUGGGCGUCUUCUCGUGCGUGGGCGGCGCGGGGCGCACGCGCGUCCUGUAUGUGCACAACAGCCCCGGAGCGCACCUGCUCCCGGACAAGGUCACACACACGGUGAACAAAGGCGACACGGCAGUGCUUGUGGCACGUGUGCGCAAGGAGAAGCAGACAGAUGUCAUCUGGAAGAGCAACGGAUCCUACUUCUACACUCUGGACUGGCAUGAGGCCCAGGAUGGACGGUUCCUGAUGCAGCUCCCAAACGUGCAGCCACCAGCGAGUGGCAUCUACAGUGCCACCUACCUGGAAACCAGCCCCCUAGGCAGCGCCUUCUUCCGGCUCAUCGUGAGGGGCUGUAGGGCAGGGCGCUGGGGACCAGACUGCACCAAGGAGUGCCCGGGUUGCCUGCACGGAGGUGUCUGCCAUGAUCAGGAUGGCGAGUGUGUGUGCCCCCCUGGAUUCACUGGCACCCGCUGUGAGCAGGCCUGUAGAGAGGGCCGUUUUGGGCAGAGCUGCCAGGAGCAGUGCCCCAGCACAUCGGGCUGCCGAGGUCUCACAUUCUGCCUCCCGGACCCCUAUGGCUGUUCUUGUGGAUCUGGCUGGAGAGGAAGCCAGUGCCAGGAAGCCUGUGCCCCUGGCCACUUUGGGGCAGAUUGCCGCCUCCAGUGCCAGUGUCGGAACGGUGGUACAUGUGACCGCUUCAGCGGCUGUGUCUGUCCCUCUGGCUGGCAUGGAAUGCACUGUGAGAAGUCAGACCGGAUCCCCCAGAUCCUGGAUGUGGCCUCAGAAGUGGAGUUCAACUUAGAGACUACACCACGGAUCAACUGUGCAGCCGCGGGGAACCCGUUCCCAGUGCGGGGCAGCAUGGAGCUCCGGAAGCCCGAUGGCACGGUCCUCCUGUCCACCAAGGCCAUAGUGGAGCCAGACAGGACCACAGCUGAGUUCGAGGUGCCCCACUUGGCACUUAGUGACAGUGGGCUCUGGGAGUGCCGCGUGUCCACAUCUGGUGGCCAAGACAGCCGACGUUUCAGGGUCGAUGUCAAAGUGCCCCCAGUGCCCCUGACUGCUCCUCGGCUCCUGGCCAAGCAGAGCCGCCAGCUCGUGGUCUCCCCACUGGUCUCCUUCUCCGGGGACGGACCCAUCACCUCUGUCCGCCUGCACUACCGGCCCCAGGAUAGCACCAUGGCCUGGUCUGCCAUUGUGGUGGACCCCAGUGAGAAUGUGACUUUAAUGAACCUGAGGCCGAAGACAGGAUACAGUGUCCGCGUACAACUGAGCCGGCCAGGGGAAGGAGGGGAGGGGGCCUGGGGGCCUCCCACCCUCAUGACCACAGACUGUCCUGGUGAGAGGCGAGAGUCACCCCUUCGUGUCCCCCCAUGGGUUACCGUCCUAUCCACUCAGGGGUUGUCCUGUCUUGUCCCCACGCCAGGGGCCCCCUGCCUUUCCCACUGGAGGUUGUCCCACCCUGUCCCCCCGGGGGAAAUCACUGUCUUGUACAGCCCCAAGGACCAACUGAACAGUUCUGACUCCCAACCUCCGGCCCCAGAGCCCUCAUUGCAGCCGUGGCUGGAGGGCUGGCACGUGGAGGGUCCUGACCGGUUGCGAGUGAGCUGGUCCUUACCCUCGGUGCCUGGGCCACUGGUGGGCGAUGGUUUCCUGCUGCGCCUGUGGGAUGGGACACGGGGACAGGAGCGGCGGGAGAAUGUCUCGUCCCCCCAGGCCCGCACCGCUCUCCUGACUGGACUCAUGCCUGGCACCCCCUACCAGCUGGAUGUACGGCUCUACCACUGUACCCUCCUGGGCCCUGCCUCGCCCCCUGCGCGUGUGCUCCUGCCCCCCAGCGGGCCCCCAGCCCCACGACACCUCCAUGCCCAAGCCCUCUCAGACUCUGAGAUCCAACUGACAUGGCAGCGCCCAGAGGCUUCGGCUGGGCCUAUAUCCAAGUACAUCGUGGAGGUGCAGGUGGCUGGGGGCUCAGGAGACCCGCUGUGGAUGGAUGUGGACAGGCCCGAGGAGACAAGCACCAUUGUCCGUGGCCUUAAUGCUAGUACGCGUUACCUCUUCCGUGUGCGGGCCAGUAUCCAGGGUCCCGGAGACUGGAGCAGUGUGGCAGAGGAGUCCACCCUGGGCAAUGGGCUGCAGAGUGAGGGUCCGGUCCAAGAGGUCCAGGCAGCCGAAGAGGGUCUGGACCGGCAGCUGAUACUGGCCGUAGUGGGCUCCGUGUCAGCCACCUGCCUCACCAUCCUGGCGGCCCUCCUGACGCUCGUGUGCAUCCGCAGAAGCUGCCUGCACCGCCGACGCACCUUCACCUACCAGUCGGGCUCGGGCGAAGAAACCAUCCUGCAGUUCAGCUCAGGCACCUUGACUCUAACCCGGCGGCCCAAACCACAGCCUGAGCCCUUGAGUUACCCAGUGCUGGAGUGGGAAGACAUCACCUUUGAGGACCUCAUCGGGGAGGGGAACUUUGGUCAGGUCAUCCGGGCCAUGAUCAAGAAGGAUGGGCUCAAGAUGAACGCGGCCAUCAAGAUGUUAAAAGAGUAUGCCUCUGAAAAUGACCAUCGUGACUUUGCGGGAGAACUGGAAGUUCUGUGCAAAUUGGGACAUCACCCCAAUAUCAUCAACCUCUUGGGGGCUUGUGAGAACCGAGGUUACCUGUAUAUCGCUAUCGAAUAUGCCCCCUACGGGAACCUGCUAGACUUUCUGCGGAAGAGCCGGGUCCUGGAGACAGACCCAGCCUUCGCCAGAGAGCACGGCACAGCCUCCACCCUCAGCUCCCGGCAGCUGCUACGUUUUGCCAGUGACGCCGCCAACGGCAUGCAGUACCUGAGCGAGAAACAGUUCAUCCACAGGGACCUCGCGGCCCGCAACGUGCUGGUGGGAGAGAACCUGGCCUCGAAGAUCGCCGACUUUGGCCUUUCUCGGGGGGAGGAGGUUUAUGUGAAGAAGACCAUGGGGCGUCUCCCCGUGCGUUGGAUGGCCAUCGAGUCUCUGAACUACAGCGUCUAUACCACCAAGAGUGAUGUUUGGUCCUUUGGGGUCCUCCUCUGGGAGAUCGUGAGCCUUGGGGGCACGCCUUACUGCGGCAUGACCUGUGCUGAGCUCUAUGAGAAGCUACCUCAGGGCUACCGCAUGGAACAGCCUCGAAACUGUGACGAUGAAGUGUACGAGCUGAUGCGUCAGUGCUGGCGGGACCGUCCAUACGAGCGACCCCCCUUUGCUCAGAUUGCGCUGCAGCUGGGCCGGAUGCUGGAAGCCAGGAAGGCCUAUGUGAACAUGUCGCUGUUUGAGAACUUCACUUACGCGGGCAUCGACGCCACAGCCGAGGAGGCCUGAGCGGCUGUCAGGCCAGAACCAGGCUCUGCGGGCCAGAGCAAACCACUCUCCAACCUAUGCCUUCUGAUCCUUGCGGCCUCUGGCCUGAGCUGCCUCGAGGAAUUUUUUUUUUUAACUUAAGAAAAGAGGGGAUCCGGGUCACCUGGGUGGCUCUGUUGGUUGAGCAUCCAACUCUUGGUUUCGGCUCAGGUCAUGAUCUCAGGGUCAUGGGAUCGAACCCCACAU